ACACUUUCCCUCACAUCAUCAAAUUCAAAAUACUUCUUUCUCUUUCUCUUUUUUUUUUUUGUGUCCAAAAUGGCUUCUACUUCUAAUCAUAAUAACAAUUUUCAUGUGUUUAUGCUUCUUUGCAUAUUUAUAAUUUGCUCUAUGGUACCUACUUGUGCUGCUAACUUCUACCAAGACUUUGAUCUAACAUGGGGUGAUAAUCGUGCUAAAAUAUUCAAUGGUGGUCAACUUUUAUCACUUUCACUUGACAAAGUCUCUGGCUCUGGCUUCAAAUCAAAGAAAGAGUACCUUUUUGGUAGAAUUGAUAUGCAACUUAAGCUUGUUGCUGGCAACUCUGCUGGCACUGUCACUGCUUACUACUUGUCAUCCCAAGGGGCAACACAUGAUGAGAUAGAUUUUGAGUUUUUGGGAAACACAAGUGGUGACCCUUAUAUUCUUCACACAAACAUAUUCACUCAAGGCAAAGGUAACAGAGAACAACAAUUCUACCUCUGGUUUGACCCCACCAGAAACUUCCAUACUUACUCCCUCAUUUGGAAGCCCCAACACAUCAUAUUCUUGGUUGAUAACAUACCAAUAAGGGUAUUCAAGAAUGGUGAAUCUCUUGGAGUACCUUUUCCAAAGAACCAAGCAAUGAGAAUCUAUUCCAGCCUGUGGAAUGCAGAUGAUUGGGCCACUAGAGGUGGAUUGGUGAAAACUGAUUGGUCCAAAGCACCCUUUACAGCUUACUACCGAAACUUCAAAGCCACUCAAUUCUCAUCCAACUCUUAUUCAAAUUCUAAUAAUGCUGAAUGGGAAAUAAAUGAACUUGAUGCUUAUGGCAGGAGAAGAUUGAGAUGGGUUCAAAAGUACUUCAUGAUUUAUAAUUAUUGUAAUGAUCUCAAGCGUUUUCCACAAGGUCUUCCUUUCGAGUGUACCCACUAAUCAAUUUUCUAAGAGAUCAACAAAAAUGUUACUGUUUCUUAAGUUUGAUUAAUUUUAAUGGUCUUUGUAAAAUAUGUCUUAGAUUAUGAGGUUGUCUCUCAUCCACCCUGUAAAGUUUAUGGUUCAUUUCAUAUAAUAAAAGUAUUAUUCUAAGUUUAUAAUUUA